GCUGGAUUAAGUGCCAUUAUCUGCUGGGGUUUUCUUGGCCAGUCUGUGAAGACCGCUGAAGGCACUGCUUCCUCCUCUCUUUCUGUGCACGUGGUUGGGUGAGUGCAAGGAGGUGGAAUCUGUUGAGAUCUGCCCAGGUGGGUGUGUCCCCACCCGCCCCAGGAGCAGGUCCUUCCAGCCCAGCCCAGCCCAGUGCAGAGCAGGCAGCAGGAGCCAGCUUGGGGCAGCGGCAGAGCUCAACAGGGAGCACAGCUCUCCCCAUCCUGCUGCCCCAGUGUACACCCCAACAAUGAAGCCUGUGUGCCCAGGCCCACGGGGAAGGAGACAGUAGAGUGAGAACAAGCCAGUGGCACACACUCAGUGAUGCUGGAGUUCAGGGCAAGGUCAACGAGGCCAAAGGCUACAGGACACUCCCUGAGGCAGGAUCCAGCCAGGCCACGAAGCAAGGUCUCCAGAUGAUAAAGCUGUGACCCAAGGCAUCUGCCCCCUGGCAGCCAUCUGCCCUGCAGCAGCCAUAGAACACAUUCUCAUGCCCUGCCUCUGCUUGCUUUGGGACUGUCUCUAUGUAACCUUCAGGCCCUGUGUGUCCCAUGAUGCCCUGAGCCUAGCUCCUCGGCAUUCUUGGCACGAUGUUGGCCAACUCCUCGGCAAACACUUCUACCAACAGCUUUGAUCCCCCAUGCCCUGACUACCGGACCACCCACCGCCUGCACAUGGUGGUCUACAGCCUGGUGCUGGUCGCAGGGCUCCCGCUCAACGCGUUGGCCCUCUGGGUCUUCCUGCGCGUGCUGCGCGUGCACUCCGUGGUGAGCGUGUACAUGUGCAACUUGGCAGCCAGUGACCUGCUCUUCACUCUAUCGUUGCCAGUGCGCCUCUUUUACUACUCGCUGCACUACUGGCCUUUCCCGGACCUCCUGUGCCAGACGGCGGGAGCCAUCUUCCAGAUGAACAUGUACGGCAGCUGCAUCUUCCUGACCUUAAUCAACGUGGACCGCUACGCCGCCGUCGUGCACCCGCUGCAGCUGCGCCACCUGCGGCGGCCCCGCGUGGCGCGGCUGCUCUGCCUGGGCGUGUGGGCGCUCAUUCUGGUGUUCGCAGUGCCCACUGUGCUCGUGCACAAGCCCUCAACCUGCAGCAACCGCGGCGCCCCGGUGCGCCUGUGCUUCGAGCGUUUCAGCGACCAGCUGUGGAAGGGCAGGCUGCUACCGCUCGUGCUGCUGGCGGAGGCGCUGGGCUUCCUGCUGCCUUUGGUGGCCGUGGUCUACUCGUCUGGCCGGGUCUUCUGGACCUUGGCGCGGCCCGACGCCACGCAGAGCCGGCGGCGGCGGAAAACGGUGCGCCUCCUGCUGGUCAACCUGGUCAUCUUCCUGCUGUGCUUCGUACCCUACAACGCCACGCUGGCAGUCUAUGGGUUGCUUCGGGGCAACCUGGUGAUGGCGAGCCAAGCUGCUCGCGAUCAAGUGCGAGGAGUGCUGAUGGUGAUGGUGCUGCUGGCCGGCGCCAACUGCGUGUUGGACCCACUGGUGUACUACUUCAGCGCCGAGGGUUUCCGCAACACCCUGCGCGGCCUGGGCUCUCAUCUCAGGCCUAGGACCUCGGCCACCAACGGGGAUGGUGGGACGCUUGCCCAACUGCCCUCUGAGACCACCUACACCACCAGGCCUGCUGCUGCUAGCCAAGGAUUGCUCAGGCAUUCCGAUUCCGGGACGCCGACGCCCUUCACCCAGUGCCCAGAGGAUUCUGUCCUCUGAUCGCACAUUGGGCCCUAGCGCGGUUACACCCACCUCCAUUCCUUCACACAUCUCACACUGGAAGACUUGUGGCGUGUGUACAUAGGGAGGUGGAUCAGACAUUUGGAUUUCUGGGUGGCAACUCUAGCUCAUAAAUACUGAAGGAGCAAAGUGUGGGAAGGAAGAGGGCUGGUGGAAAUGGCUUCUUUAAAUUGGUGGUGAUGGAAAGACCCCUUGCCCACUCUGUGGAAAGUGAUGAUACUGUGAGCCUGCCAAUGCAGAGGCAGAGGGGUAGAUGAAAUGCCCUUGUGGAUGGACUUGAAACACUGCUGCGAGCUGGUAGAUGGAGCAGAAAAUGGAUGUCCUGGAUGUCGACUGACCACAGCAGUCUUAGGGCCAUAGGUGCCACCCACAUUUCAUUUUCACCUGGGCUUCCCCUCCCGACAUUGAGGCAUAAUACAAGAGUUUACUGGCUGCCCUGGCCAAUUUGGCUCAGCUAUUAGAGCGUCAGCCUGUGGUCCAGAGAGACCCGGGUUUGU